GUGCCACUUGUGUGCAGAUCAAGUGAAGCAGCAGUGUGUGACACAUUAACUCCUCCCACACACACACACACACACAGAGCUACUUCGAAGCUCACUUCAUCGCCUUCUUACCAGUAGCAUUUCAGUCUUAUUGCUGUGUCUGUUGUUUUAAUACUUCGGCAGACUUUAGUCCUGGUGUAUAUGCUCUAAGAGAGGAGUGUGUGAGAAAAGCUGAGGCAACUUUAUUCCUGCUGCGACCAGGACUCGUGUAUGAUGGGAUCUUUUCGUCGUCCUCGCUUUAUGAGCUCACCAGUGCUGUCAGACCUGGCUCGCUUUCAUGCCAGUUCACCAUCUCUGCAACUCUCCAAUGCAAGUAUCUGGAAUAGUGUCCAAUCUGCUGUCAUCAAAGUAUUUGAAGGAGGAGGGUUACAAAACAAUGAACUGUACAGUCUGAAUGAAAGCAUCAGGUGGCUUCAAAGGACAGAACUGGGCUCCUUUAUUACAGAAUACUUUCAGGAUCAGCUCUUGAACAAAGGCCUGGCACAUAUAUUGGAGAAAAUUCAGCUUCAUGAUGAAGGAAACUGUCUCCAGGUUCUGUCUGAGAUGUGGCUAAAAUUUUUUACAGAGAUCUUGCCAACUCUUCAAGCCAUAUUCUAUCCUGUGCAGGGUCAGGAGCUGACUGUGAGACAGAUGGCUUUGCUGGGUUUUAGGGACCAGGUCUUGUUAAAGCUUUCUCUGGAGAACCUGCUGCAUACCGACUCAUACCCUCCAGCUAUAGUACAGAUGCUGCUCAUACUGCAGGGUAUUCAUGAGCCUAGUGGCCCUAGUAAAGAAUACCACUCUCUAGAACGACUAGUGGAUAUGGUGAUUUCACCUUACUUGAGUAACUACCUCUACAUGAGCCACAGGGAUUCCAUUUCUGGGUCUCGUUUAGAAAACAGUUUGGAGAGUGGACCUCACUUUGGCCAGCCAGAGAUCACAAUCACACACUUCGCACCAGAAUCACUGCUGACGCCCCUUGUGGAACAGGAAGGCGAGGCAUAUCUAGAGAGAACCGGUGGGAUACGGCGCCACACGGUCGCUAACGUUCAUUCAGACAUCCAGUUUCUUACCAUGACAAAAAGAACUGAUGGCAGUAAUAAAAGCCAGGUGACAAAAGCAAAGAAAACUGCUUUCCCCAGGCCUUUCUCUCGUCAACUGUUAAUCCUGGACUCAAUCAACUACAACAAAGUCACAGAUAUGUCAAAACACUGCUAAGAUGAGCUGAAAACUGUUUUUUGGUCAAUUAUGGAUGUGCUUUUAUUUAAAAAAUAAACUAUGCUGUGUACUAAUUAUUUACAAUAUGAGCACUAAGAGGCUUGAAAAAUGUGAAUUUGUUUCAGACCAGAAAAGUAGGAAUCAUAAUUUACCCCAAACAUAGACUUGUUCAGGUAAUUAAAUUAGAGGAUUAUCACAGCAGUUAAAACGCAGUAUGGGCCAAUUCGACUACUUAAAAGUGUUCAGGAGCAUUCCAUUUUUAAAUAAUCAGCCAGUGGGGUUUUCUGUGAAGUUGAUACGUUUGUAUACGUUUGUUUUGGCCAUAAAUUUACAUACAUAUUAAUUUACACAAGACGAUACUUAACUGAGACCUCUACAAAUUUUACCUAUGUUAGAGUAAUCUACUUUCAACUUUCCUUCACAGUUUUUAAUGCCUUUUGUGUACAUGGAAAGCUGUAAUGCUUUCUUAGAAACUAUACAGUAUAAUGUUUCAUUUGAGUGUUUAGAGCAAAAGGGAGAAGAGUUAAAGAAACAUGCAGUAUAAUUAGGAGUAUAAUUGAGUCAUGUCCUAUGCUAUGCUCUAAAAGUCAUGCUCUUUUUCAGCUGUACAAGUGGCAAAGCUGUGUGGAAUUUCGGCUCUGCUGCGCUAACACUGUUUACACAGAUGUAGUAUUAGGCAAAAUCGUUGUAGGCAUUCAGCUGUUUGGGAUUAGAGACUUGACUCCACUGUGUGACAAUUUUUUGUUUGUUUGUUUUGAGCCUUUUUAUUAUGUAAUGUUCAUUAUCAGUGUAGUGCAGGUGCUGUCCUACAGUGUAAUUUAUUUCAUGAAAUAUUUUAGAGUCUUAAUUAUAAAUUCAAUUUAAAUGUUAUGACGUGUUCAUCAUUGUGCGGUGUUGUAUACAUUUGUAGUAAUAAAGUGUUACGUUGUGUAA